UUCCAGCCCUAAGAUGCCUGUUCCAGGAUCGUUGGAGAGGUCUUUCAGUGUAGCGUACACAAUCCACAAGGGGCGGCAGCGGCAUCAGCGUGAAUCCCGCAGGAAAUCGUCCAUCCAAUGCCAGCUGAAUCCCCAGCCAGAGCAGCAGAGAUCUGUGAGUCCAAUUCCUCUCAAAGAAUGCUUAGAUUUGACGACAACAAGAAGGGCGGCGCUAGCUGCGCCACUCGUCGCGACGGCAGUGGCAACAGUCGCCAAUCCAGCAAGAGCUUUGAUCCAGACGGGCCAGGAGAGGGAUUCGACGAGGCAAUCCCAGAAUGCGAUCGACAGGUUGCAAAGUAGGGUUUCUACAUUCCAGCUCGGGAAUGGGAUGAAAUGGAUCGUCCUGGAGCGUCACAAUGCUCCAAUUGUCGCUUGCCACACCUAUGCCGACGUUGGAGCGGCGGAUGAAUCCACUGGAAUGACUGGGAUUGCUCAUCUUCUCGAGCAUCUAGCAUUCAAGGGGACGAGGCUGAUUGGAAGCCGAGGUUUCGAGCGUGAAUCGGAAGCACUGGAUCAGCUGGACGAGAUCUUUUACGCUCUCAGGGAUGCCAAGGUGGCCAAAAAUUCCAAGCUCGUGGCGAAGCUGGUGGAAGAAUUUGCAAGAGCUCAAGAACAAGCAGCAAAGUUCUCUGCCGCCAGCCAGUAUGGGUCUUUGAUCGAGAGGCAAGGCGGAGUGGGCCUCAACGCUCAGACCUCGCAGGACUCCACCGAGUAUUUCGUUUCGCUGCCAGCCAACAAGCUGGAGCUCUGGAUGGCGCUCGAGAGUGGACGAUUCAUGGCGCCGGUUUUCAGAGAUUUGUACGCCGAGAAGGAAGUGGUGAAGGAAGAGAGGCGCCUGAGAGUGGAGAAUUCUCCGUAUGGUCGCUUCACCGAGGCAUUCACCGAGGCCGCAUUCCCAGGCCAAGCUUACGGCCGGCCCAUCAUCGGCUACCCGAGUGACUUUGAGAAGAUCGGCCGCAGAGAAGUGACCGACUUCUUCACCAAAAACUACACUCCUUGCAAGCUCACUUGUGCCGUGGUUGGCGACGUGAAUCCAGUCGAGGUUGAGAAGCUAGCCACUCGCUACUUCGGCAGCUGGAAAACUCCUUGCGCAUCGCCAACGUCCUCGUCACCGAGAAGUUAUUCCGAGCUCUGGAGGACCCAAGAUGGUUGGGACGAUUUUGCUGCUUCCAAGCCUCCUCCGGGAGAGAUCUUGAGGAUGUCUUCACCGGCACAGCCUCUCUACAUGGAAGGCUACUACAGGCCAGCUUCGUGGUCUUCGGAUGAUCCAGUUCUCUCGGUGAUCAGCGACGUCCUCGCCGGCGGCCGAGUCUCCAGGCUCUACAAACGGCUCAUUGCUCCCAGCAGGGUCCUCUCGGCGGAGUGCCUCUCGAGCUUUCCAGGCGACAAGUUCCCGUGCUUGAUGAUGCUCUAUGCUUCUCCAACGCCCGGAUCGAGCAGCACCGAGAAGCUAGCCGGCCUCGUUCACGACCAGCUCCAGGACCUGGUUCGCCAAGGGGUCGAGGAGGGCGAGCUGGUUCCAAUCCGGAAGUCGACGCGAGCGAGCUUGCUGGAAGCGCUGGGAAGCAAUUCCUCCAUGGCGAGGAUUCUCAGCACUUACGAAGCUACAGCGGGGUCUUGGAACCGUGUUCUUGAGGAAACUCGAGAGAUCGAGUCGGUCACCAGGGACGACGUUGUCCGAGUCGCGAGCAAGCUCUUCACUCCCUCGAAUCGUAUUGCUGGAAGCACACGGCCUGUUUAGUGAAAGAAUUUAGUGCUAAACCUUUAAGCCCUUGGAAA